UUUCAGUUGUGUGUUUCACAUUGAAAACAACGGAGCAAUCACAGAAAUUAUCCAAAAUAAAAUAAUAUUAAAAAAAAAACACUGCACUGCGAACGCACGACCAACCAUCCAACAACCUACUCUACACAAAUUUCAAAUAAAACCAAAAUCUAAACAAAAAAAAAAUUACAAGCAAAACAAAAAAUCAUAAAAAACGUGUUUUUUUCUGAAAAAAAUCGUUACCAAAACGCAAACGACGAGUGAAAAAGCCAAAAGUCAAAUCUAAUCAACCAAAUAAUAAAAAUAAAAUUUGUUUGAACAAGAUAAACAGCAAAAAAGGACUAAAACCAAACGCAUUAUAACCAACCAACCAAUCAACCAACAUCUAACCAAACGUUCGUUGCGUGUUGCAUUGCUUAACAGAAACCGAAACAGAAACUAAAGCAGGCUGUCAGAACUCACCAAAAUUACAGAUAAUUAAACAAAAAAAAAAAAAAAUAUCAUAAGGAACUCAUUAGUGUGGCACACAUCAAACGAAACAACAACAAAAACAAGAAAAGAACUCGGAAGGAUCACAUCAUUAACUGAGAAAAAGCACAAGAGAACAAAAGUUAGCCAAAGAGAGUCAACAAAGAGAAAGAAAAACAAAAAAACAGAAAACAAAUUUUGAAGUGGUUAUGAAAAAUUGCCAUCAACAAGUUUAAUAGCUGGCGGCAAACAGGAUCAAAUCCCAAAAGCAUCAUCCAUACCAUACUCAGAGAUUUUAUUAGCAAUUUGGAGUAACUGAAGUGAGGGGCAAAGGCAACAGAGAAAAAACAAGUCACCCAGGCCAAGCAAAUACGUGUAGCUAAUUUUUUGUGUUUUUGGUUAAAUGCUUAUUACGCUCUCAUCAUUGCUGUAAAUCAAAACCUAUAGCUCUCGCCACAAUCUUUGUCGCCAACCAAUCAAUCAGUCGCUCUCUCUCUCUAUCUCCUAUCUCUAUAUAAAUAUUUCGCUCUGUUGUGACGAUUAAACAUCUCAAAACAGUAAUAGAAAACCAUCCCAAAAAUCAAAAAUAAAAUCAAGCAAAACAACACCAAAAAAUAUCCACCACAACCACCAAACGCCACCAACCACCACCGUCAGAGCUAUUUGAAUCAUCAACCAAAUCAAAAAAAGCAAAAAAACAUUUCAAAACAAUCGCCCAACCAGAGAGGUUAGCUAAACUCGUUUCUCUCUCGCCAUCGUUAUCGUUAAAACCAUCAAAAUUCCCAUCAUAAUGGCCGAAGACGCUACCAUGGAAACUUGCCCCAGCCCUGAAAUUGGUGACUCUAGAAAAAGACCACUCGAUACCGAUCCAGAAAAUGAACAAUCCAAACGCUCCCAUUUCAGUUCUGCAACAUUCCCACAAAUGUAUUAAAUGAAAAAAAAUAUAUAUUAAAAAAAAAAGAAAUUGUGAUAAAAAAGUUAACCAAAUAUUGGUACAUCAAAGAAAACUCAAACAUCUUGUAAAAACAAACAUGUUGUGAUAUUAAAUAUUUAAAGGCCACAAAUCAAGCGAAAUUUUCAUCUACAAAAAAAAUACCUGCCUGCAGUGUUUACAAAACCCCAUAAACGUCAUUUGCCAAGCUUUUUGACAUCCCAAAACAAGCGAGAAAAAAAAAAAAACAAGUGCAGACAUCUAAACAAAAAUCAAAAAUAGAAAAAAUCAAAAUAUACAAAAUAUAAAAAAUUCAAUAACAUUACGCCCUCCCCAGAAGAUCUCUAUAAAAUUAUCCACAGCAAAAAUUAAGAAAAAAAAAGCGAAGAAAAAUAAAUAAAAAUUACAACAACAUUACAACGUUAAGGCUAGCAACAACGUUUUUGUUCUCUUGCAUCUGCCCAACUCCAACAACAACAACAUCAUCAAGGUGGCCAGCCAAAUUCGAGCACCAGCCGUAAUAUCAUCAGCACCGCCACCAACACCAACACCACAACCAGUAUCAGCAUCAGCAUCAUUUUGUAGCAGCUUUAACAACUGGCCCAUAACAAAUCAAAGGAUCCGGCAAAUGUUGAUAAACAAUGUUUAUAAACAUCGAGCACAGCAAGAGAGCAGUAGAAGGAGAGAGAAAUAAAAGAGAUGCCUACAGAUAAUUCAAGGAUAUAACAAAACGUCCAUUCAACCAACCAACCGACCAACAACCAUCCAAGCAACUGUAAAUGUGAUAAUUUUCCAAUUUCCAUUUCCCCCAUAAAGAACAACAAAAACAAACAAAAGAGAAGAAAAAAAAUCUCCAAAACCUACAAAUUAUUUGACAAGACUGAACAAAAGAUAGCUGGAAAGCUCUUCCUGAUUCACAAAACACAACGUCCACAAAAAAAAAAAAAAAACGAGAAAAAAUGUCACAAAUAAAUGCCCUUAGCGAAAGUCUCAUGACAAAUGCCUUCGAUUUAAUUGGAGGCUCCACCAUGGCCCAACAGUUUUUGGAGCAUAUGGAUUUUUAUGCCAACAAUGGCACAACAACAACAACAACACAUCACAAUCAUCAUCAACACCCAGAACAUCAAAAUUCACAGACACCAUCACCCAACUCCUCCACAACGACGACGACGGCGACGACGAAUAGUGGUUAUCGACAACAACAACAACAACUGCCAAAUAAUCUGGAUUUUCAUCAACAAACUAUGGAAGGAUUCUUCCCCACCACCAAACAAAUGAUGAUGUUUGACAACCAACAACAUCGGAAUUCAAAGUCUGAAAACAAUUCAUCGGCCUCCUCAUCGCCAAGUUCCUUAAAUUCCAAUCAUUUGUAUAAUCAUUUUUAUAAACCACUACAGCAGCAGUAUACAGAAGCAACAACAAACCAGCAUCAGGGUGGACCAAGUUCCCCAGCAAACAUGCCAAGGCUGUAUGAGCUGUAUGGGCAACAAAGCAAUCCACAACAACAUCAGGCCUCAAUGCAACAUUCCCUCUCCAACACGAGUAAUCAUCUCAAUCACCACCACAACAACAACAACAACCACCACCAACUACAACAACAACAAUCAUUAGAAAAUAAUUUAUAUCAAACCUCUCAGCAUUUAUCCAAUUUAAAUAUACAGAUGGAUUCGCAACAACAACAACAACAGCAACAAAACUUAGCACAAACAGCUGUGAUUGGGCCAACAUCGUCAUCCACAUCCGGCACUUCAUCGGCAACAUCAGUUGCAACCAUGAUGGGCUCCAGCAACAAUACAACCUUGGUGUUGGGCAACCAUAACUCCGCAACGAAUAACAACAAUGCCAACAACCAUUUGAAUCAUAACAAUAAUAAUAAUAACAACAAUAAUAAUAAUGGCCCUAACAUGGGCAAUAAUAUGAGCGGAUCAUCGUCGAGUACGGCUACGUCGGUGUCCACCGUUACCACAUUGGCAAAUCCAAUAUCACCUCAGCAGCAGCAAGAGCAACAAUCUCAGUCUCAACAGCAUCAGCAAUAUCACCAUCAGCAGCAUCAACAUCAGCAGCAGCAUCAUCAGCAACAACAUCAACAUGAAGGCGGCUCAACAUCUCCCUAUAAAUCCUGUUUGUGUUUUGGGGACUCAACCUACCACAUGAAGAUUCUAGUUCCAGCCGUGGCCUCAGGGGCCAUUAUCGGCAAGGGUGGCGAAACAAUUGCAUCCUUGCAAAAGGACACCGGUGCUCGUGUUAAAAUGUCCAAAUCCCAUGAUUUCUAUCCAGGAACUACCGAACGCGUUUGCCUCAUUACCGGCACCGUUGACGGCAUCAUGGCCGUCCUGGACUUUGUCAUGGACAAGAUCCGCGAAAAACCAGAUCUAACCUCGAAAAUUCUCGAUGCUGAAAGCAAACAGAGUCAGGAGCGUGACAAGCAAGUAAAAAUUUUGGUGCCCAAUUCCACGGCCGGUAUGAUUAUCGGCAAGGGUGGUGCUUAUAUUAAGCAGGUCAAAGAGGAGAGCGGUUCGUAUGUGCAAAUCUCACAGAAACCAAAAGAUAUAUCAUUGCAAGAACGUUGCAUCACCAUCAUCGGUGACAAGGAGAACAACAAGAAUGCCUGCAAAAUGAUCCUAUCGAAAAUCGUCGAAGAUCCCUCAUCGGGAACGUGUCUUAAUGUCUCAUAUGCUGAUAUUAAUGGGCCAGUGGCCAAUUUCAAUCCAACUGGUUCGCCAUAUGCCACAAAUCAGAAUGCCAUCAAUUCGAGUACAGCAUCGUUGAAUUCGACAUUGGGCACAACCAUUGGUGGUGCUGGCACAGCAGCAGGUCUUCUAGUCAAUGGAACGGGCAUUAAUUUGUCGUUGAAUUUGAGCUCACCAAAUCCGGCACCAAAUCUAGCUUUAGCCACACAAUUGUUGGAACACAUUAAGGUCGCUUUACGCAGUUCAGGUUAUUCUGAAACAGCCACCACAGAGGUCUGUGCCGCAUUAGGUGUUUUAGCCAAAUACGGUGUACUCGGCAUGGGUGUUGGCCUGCAACACACCAACGGUGCCCACACAACACUUGGUAGCUAUUUGGGUGUCUCCGCCUUGGAUCAACAGACCGCUGCCGCUGCUACGGCCGCUACUGCGGGCAAUGUAUUCGGUGCUGUCGGUCAAGUCAAUUUAGAGCAAUACAGUGCUGCUGUUGCGGCCGCCGCAGCUAAUCGACCCACUCAACAACAGCUGGAUGCUGCUGCAGCCCAAUUUGAUCCAUUCCGUCAUUUAAAUUCAAAUGCUGGUCAAGCCGCCACACCGGUAUCGCUGAAUAACAAUAGUUUUGGAUUGACAGCUGCCACCGGCACGGUGACCACAGCGCCCACUUUGAAUGCGGCCACUGGUGCACAUGCCCUGAGCGGUAUUAGCAAGAGUCCCACACCGGGUGAUUUAAGUGCCAAGGAUACAAAGAAUGUGGAAAUUCCUGAAGUGAUUGUUGGCGCUAUUUUAGGUCCCAAUGGUCGUUGUUUAGUUGAGAUCCAACAUAUUUCGGGUGCUAAUGUGCAAAUUUCAAAGAAAGGCAUUUUCGCCCCUGGCACCAGAAAUCGUAUUGUAACCAUAACUGGUCAACCGAGUGCCAUUGCUAAAGCUCAAUAUCUAAUUGAACAGAAAAUCAACGAGGAGGAGACAAAAAGAGCGCGACAAAUUCCAUUAGCCACUGUUGUGAAUUAAAAGAAAAAAAAAUACAAAGCAAAACAAAACAAAAAAGAAAAAAAUCAAAUUUUUUUGCAAAUAGUUAAAACACCAAUUCACCAACACCACAACCACCACCACCACCAACCACAACAACAACUGUCAUCAACAAACAAAAGAAAUCCUUUCUUCAUUAACAAAAAACCAACAACAACAACAAAUAUAAAUAUAUAUUUCUAAAGAGCGUUACAACCAAAAACCGACAAAGAACUAAAUCUGUUUAUUAGUCUUGUUCCUCAGCAACCCCCUCCCCCUCUUCCAGCCACCCCUUUUCACAUCUACACAAUUGUUCACAAUGAAAAACCGAAAAAAUAAGAAACUAUAACAAAUAAUGUUCUUGAAUGAUUAGAUAUUUUAAUUAUUGUUAUAAUAACUAAAUAAUUAAAUUCAAAACAAAACCAAGAGAAAAAAAUCGAAAAGUUUUAAAAACUUACAAAUACCAGUUUUCCUAACUUUUUUCCCCAACUGGAACUGUUUCACCUGUUUCCCAAAAUCACCCCUCCCCCCAGAGAAGGGAAAAUGAAAAACAAAAAACAAAACCAACAACAACAGAUUACUUUCAUUACAUUUAAAUAAGUAAAAUGAAAACCCCUAAAUAAAUUAACAAAUAAUUAAAUAAAAUAAACAAAACAAAAACUUAGUAAAAUAUACAAUUAAUAAUUUUUAAAAUUAAAUUAAAACAAAUAAGAAAAAAAGAAAAACUAAAUAAUGUAAAUUCAAACAAAGUAAUAAGAAAAAAAACGAAAAAAGUGUUAAAAACGUAAUUUUUUUAAGGAAACUACAAAGGAAAAGAAAAAUGGAUAAAACGAAAAAAAAUCUUCUUAAAAAACAACAACAACAAGAAAAUACAAAACCAAUAACCUUAUAAAAUAUAUUUAAAAGAAAAAUACAAACAACCAAGAUAUAUAUACAAGAGAUAUUUUCAAAACAAGAAAACCAAUUUCUGCUCUCCCUCCCUUUCCCCUCUCUCUCUCUCUUAAGAAGAAACCAUAUUUAAAGCUCCAUUUAAUUGACAUUAAUGUUGAAACUAUUGAAAAUAUUUAGCGAAAACAAAACACACAGACAGAGACACAGACACAGACACAUUACAUAUAGCAACAACAACAACAAAGAAAGAAGAAAAUUUUAAAAAAAAAUGGAAACAAAAAAAGGAAAACUAACAACAAACCUAAUAAUAAUAAAUUGUUAUUAACAUUAAGCCAUAUAGUUUAAAUAUAUAUAAUGAAAGAAAAAAUAAAAACAAAAAAACAAUUUUCCUUUUUUAAGUAGCUACAAUUAAUGACAAAAAAAAAAGAUUUUUAAUCAAAUACCAAGAGAGAAUACAAAAAAAAAACAUAACUAAACUUUCAAUGUUUGAAAAAAAUAAGAUAUUUAAAAACAAUAAUAAUUGUACUGUAAUACCAACAACAACAACAACCGAAGCAAAACAAAAAAUUCAAGGCAAAUAGAGGAUAUUUUUUUAAGGUGUUGUAUUUUUCUUUUUAAUUUUUUUUUUUUUUUUGUUAUUUUGAAUAACUUUUUCAUUCUUGUCCUGUAAAAAAAUUGUUUUUUUUUUAACCAAAAAAGGAUGGAUGGAUGCUAAUAUUGAAUUUAAAAAAAUAUAUUUAAAAAACAAAUCAUUGAAGGGUCUCUCAAGAGAAGUGUCAAAUAUUUGGGAGGAAUUUUAAAUAUAUCAAAAGGUCUCAUAUUUUUUGAGACUGUUCUUCGUUUUUAUAAAAAUAAAAAAGGAUAUUCUUAAAUUACGGCUCAAUGACUACUAGCCAUCAUUAAUCGAAUUUAUGGCCACAGAAAUCCGUUUAUUACAUCCUGUCCGUUGACUAAGAAUGGCGAGAGAGAUAGAGAUAGUCGCAACAAUUUUUAUAGUUAUCAGCAUUGCUAAUGAGAAUUAUUUUUCAAUUCAUUCAUCACUCAUUUCAAAUCGGACUUUAAUGAAAAUAAUGGAGAGAAGAGAGGCUCUUGACUAAUUGAGUCGAUCAAUGAUUAUUAAAAGUCAAUAAUACGAUACAUGACCAGAGCAACCAGUUAAUUACUAAUUUUCGAUUGUAUUUCUCUCUCUCUCUUUUUUUCUCUGCGGUUCACAUGUAAAUUUUACAUAAAUAACAAAUUAAUUUACAAUUGGUACUCACAUAUUCGUAUGUGUAUGUUAACAUAUAUCAGUUAUGAACGGCUUUCAACGAAAGAGUAUACACGAAAGAGUAUACAACGAAAGAGUAUACACGAAAGAGUAUACAACGAAAGAGUAUAUACUCUUCUUAUUUUCAUUUGCAUUAGUUUUGCAUAAGCCAUUGGUGAACACAACAGUAAGUUUGGUUCUUUCUCUCCCUGUGCGUUGAUAGAGGAGAGACUUGCUCUCAAUGGAAGGCAUGUCUGAGUAAUGUAUUCAGACUUUUUCAAUGAUUUGUUUUUUAUUUAGAUUUUUUCAUCUCUUUUGAAAGAAAAAAAUAAAUAAUAAUUUGUUGUUUUGUUUUCCCUAAAUAAAAAAUAUUUUCUUUUUUUCCUUCUUGUUAUACACAUAUAAAUAUACAAAAAAUCUCAAGAAAACCUGAAUAAAAAACAAUAAGCAAGUGAAACGCAUGUACCAUAGUUAUUGUUUUAGCACUUUUUUCUUUUACACACACACAUACUGUUACAUACUGUUUAUUUUUUUAAUUUUUGUUUUUGUUAAAUAAAGAUCACACGCAUACAUAUACAAACAUACAUAGAUACACAAUAAAAAAAAUAAUAAUAUAAAUAAUUUUGUUUGUUAACAGAAAUCAGGAAUUUGUUUUUAUAUGUUGUUGUUCAAUUGUUUUUUAAUUAUUAUAAUUAUUAUAUACAUAUAUAACAUAAACAAAAAAGAAACAUUAAAGAAAAACCGUAAAAUUAAUAAUAAUGAUAAUUUUUAUUAAACAUUAACUUUAUAGCUAAUAAUAAAUUAAAAUUUAAAAAAAAAACGAAAUCAAUAACAUUGUUAAAUUAGAAGAAAGAAAGCAAAACAACAACCACUUACAGUUUAGACAAAUGGUGUAAAAGAAAAUUUACAUUAAUGUUAGGUUAACAUGUUAUGUUAAGUUAACAUAGGAAAUUAUUAUUAUUUUAUUUCUGUUAAUUAUUCUGCUAUAUGUCUAUUGACAUUGAAAUAUAAAAAAUAAACUUAAAUUAACCCGCAGACUGUAUUAAAAACAAAGUAGACAUUUUUAAAUAUUGGAAGAAAAUUAUCUAAAAAUAUUUUGAGAAUAUUAAUUGAAUAAUUGGGUAAAAAGAAUUAGUUGAUAUUUGCCUAAAAAAUUUUCAAAAAUUAUUAUGGGCAUUAUAGAACCAAGAACAAAGUUUUCCACUCAACUUAAUUUAGGAAACUAACUCAAAUUUGGAUUUUUUCUUUCUUGAGGACUUUAAUAAAACGAAACGAUUUCCAGGGACUCGACAUUUCCCAAAACUACUAUUGGUCAAAAUGGUUUUAAGGGAUUCAGAUAUAUCCAUAAUUUUUUUUUAAUAGAUUUUCUUAGAGAAAUUAUCCAUCUUAUCCAGAAAUGUCUGAAGACUGGCUAUUGGAUCAAAUGGAGCAAUAUAUAUCAACAAAUUUCUUAACAACUCCUUUCCAAUUGACUUAUUUUAUAUCCGUCAAAAAAUCGUAACUUAAGACCUGGAGCGUCUCCAAAAGUCCUCUGACGAUUCAAAAGGUACUAUGUCUGUGGACUCAUUAUUUCAACAAUUUUCAGCCAUGAAUACAGAAUGAGGGUUAAAGAAAAUGUAAAGAACGUUGUAAAAAAGGUUAUUUAAACAAACUCAAAAAUUACCACACGAACAAUGUUAGUUAACAGAAAAUGCUAAUUUUAUACAGCUGCAAAAGAUAACAUUUUUAAUUUAACAUCGCUGAAUGGAAAUGUUAAAAUAACAUUAAAGCAUAUGUAAACAUAACAUGAAUGUAACAUUAGCAUUUCAAGGCUAAGCUUUAAAUUUAACAUAAAUGCUAUUUAAAUAUAAAUAAUUUUAACAUAAAUGCUAAUUUAACAUAAUUAAUCAACACAUAUGAUAACCGGCAGAAAUGUUAAGUUAACAUAAUGUAAAGUAACAUAAAUGUUUUUUUUUUUAGAAAAAAAUUAUCAUUUAACAUUUUUGUUGAUACGACAUUUGUAGUAGUUUAACAUUGCUCUUAACUUAAUGGAAAUAUAAAGUUCCUGGCAUAAAUGUUGAAUGAAAGAAAAUCUUAAUAUAACAGACAUAAAUGCUAAUUUAACAUGAAUUGUUAAUUCAGCACAAAUGUAAAGCAUACAUGUUAAAAGAUGUUAUUUUUCAACAAAUGCUAUAGGUUAACGGAAGUGUUAUGUUUAUUUAAUAUCAAGUGACAUAAAUUAGAAAUGUUAAAUUUAUCUAUAUAUGAUAUAAACAUUAAUGUUAAAAAUAUAUGUCACGGAAAUUUUAAAUUAACAUAAAUGCUAAAUUAGCAUACAUGUUAUUUUAACAUUAUUACUUUAUUAUAUGAAAUGAUAAUUUCAUAGAAAAGUUAAUUUAGCAUAAAUGUUAAAUUAAAAUUUCUGUCAAAUUUGCAUAUCUAUGUAAUAAACAUUACUGUAAAACAACUAUAAUAUUAACGUAAAUGUUAAAUUAGCAAAAAAUGUUAAAUUAGCCAAAAUUUUAAAUGGAAAAAAUGUUAAAUUUACAGAAUUAUUGAAUUAACAUAAAUGUUAAAUUUACAUUCAUGUUUAAUAUAAAUGUUUAAAAGAAUAAAAAUGUUUAAUUAACAGAAAUAUUGAAUUAACAUAAAUGUUGAAUUUACACUAAUGUUAUAUCAACAUAUGUACAAUUAACAUAAAUGUUAAAUUAGCAAAAAUGUUAAAUUGGCAAAAAUGUUAAAUUAACAGAAAUAUUGAAUUAACAUAAAUGCUAAAAUUUACAUUAAUGUUAAAUUAAUAUAGAUGUUAAAUUAACAUAAAUGUUAAAUUAGCAAAAAUGUUAAUUUGGCAAAAAUGUUAAAUUAACAGAUAUAUUGAAUUAACAUAAAUGUGAAAUUUACAUGAUAAUUCAAUAUAUUUUAAAUUUACAUAAAUGUUAUAUAAGCAAAAAUGUUAAAAUAACAUAAAUAUUGAAUUAACAUAAAUGUUAAAUUUACAUUAAUGUUAAAUUAAUAUAAAUGUUAAAUUAACAUAAAUGUGAAAUUAGCAAAAAUGUUAAAUUGGCAAAAAUGUCAAAUUAACAUAAAUAUUGAAUUAACAUAAAUGUUAAAUUUACAUUGAUGUUUAUUUUAUACAUAUGUUAAAUUAACAUUAAUGUUUAAAACAACAGAAAUAUUGAAUUAACAUAAAUGUUGAAUUUACAUUGAUGUUUAUUUUAUACAUAUGUUAAAUUAACAUUAAUGUUUAAAACAACAGAAAUAUUGAAUUAACAUAAAUGUUGAAUUUACAUUAAUGUUAUAUCAACAUAUGUACAAUUAACACAAAUGUUAAAUUAGCAAAACUGUUAAAUUAACAGAAAUAUUAAAUUAACAUAAAUGUUAUGAGUAAUUUUACAUAAAUAUUAAAUUAGCAUAAAUGUUAAAUUAGCAAAAAUGUUAAAUUAACAGAAAUAUUGAAUUAACACAAAUUAUACAUUUACAUUAAUAUUAAAUUAAUAUAAAUGUUAAUUUUACAUAAAUGUUAAAUUAGCAAAAAUGUUAAAUUAACAGAAAUAUUGAAUUAACAUAAAUGUUGAAUUUGCAUUAAUGUUAAAAUUAUAUAAAUGUGAAAUUGGUUAUGGUUAAUGUUACUUUUACAUAAAUAUUAAAUUAGCAUAAAUGUUAAAUUAACAUAAAUGUAAAGUUAGAAUAAAUGUUAAAUUAGCAUAAAUGUUAAAAUAACAUAAAUGUUAAAUUUACAUUAAUGUUAAAUUAAUAUAAAUGUUAACUUAACAUAAGUGUUAACUUAACGUAAAUGUUAAAUUAGCAUUAAUGUUAAAUUAACAAAAAUGUUAAUUUAUAUUUUAUUUAGAAAAAUUUAUCAGAAAUAUUAAUUAGCAGCCAUAUUAAUACUAUACAUGUUAACUUAACAUGACUGCAAAACUGCGAUCAAUGUUAAGUUAUAGAACAUUUUAAUUUCUUACACCUCUAAAUUUACCAUAAAUGCUAGCUACUCAUGUUAAUUUUGGCCAAAAAUGUUAACCUAACAUAAAUGUUAAUUUUUAAAGCACCAAAUUUUGAAAAAAAAAAAAACGAUAAAUAAUUAUGUUAAAACUCUCAAACAAUUGUUAAGUUAGUAGAAAAUAAAAAUGAAAAACAAAUUACAGAUUACAAAAAAAAAAAAAACCGCCAUACAAAAACCCGACGAAUCAUGAACGUUUUCAGUUUGAAUUUUGAUUGUAAGUGCAAUUGAACCUGGCUCCCAAAAUCCCAACUUCAAGCAAAACAAA